AUGUCGGCAGCAAUGGAUAGAGCUUUGAUGGCUUUGUCCAUCGAAGAGGAAGAUAAACCGUUAGUCCUUCCGAAUCGGCCAGAGUAUAGCUCUUGCGGGAAUAAUGCGCUCAGUUUGAUUGGGAGAAUUCUCAACCCCGAUUUUCAGAAAGUCCAUCAUCUGAUUACAGAUCUUCCUCGGAAAUGGGGAAAUGCAAGGAGGGUUCGAGGUGUAGCGUUGACGAGGGAAAGGUUUCAGUUCUUUUUCAGGUCAGAGUAUGAACUUCUUGAUAUUUUGGACAGAGGAGUGCAGUCGCAUAAUGAUUGGGCGAUUGCUAUGGAAAGAUGGGUGGAGAAAGAGCCGGAUGGUUAUCUUCAGUUCAUUCCUCUGUGGGUUCAAAUUAACAAUAUGCCAGUGAACCACUACACAACCCAAACGAUUUGGGACAUUGGAGAUGUUUUGGGUGAGGUCAAAGAAAUAGCGUAUGAUGAUUCGAAGUCUCAGGGCCAACACUUUGUCAGAGUAAAGGUAAUGUUCAAUGUGGCAAUGCCUCUGCGGAAAACGAAGCUGAUUGAUUUGCCGUCGGGAGAGCAGGUGAUGAUGGAAUUUGUCUAUGAGAAAAUCAAAAAACGCUGUUUCAACUGUCAAAGGUUAAAUCAUGCCAACGAUUUGUGCCCACUACUCAUCAAAGCAAGGCAGGAGAAAGCUGCGGACAGACGGCUGAAAGCUGUGGCGGAAAAGAAAGAGGAGCACCUGAUCAUCAAAGAAUCGGAUCCUUUGUUUGGAGUCCUGAAUGAGGAUCAAGUAGGUGUUAAUCCUCUAACUGGGCGUCCUAAAAUCAAUCCAGAAGUGCUCGAAGAAAUGAGAAAAUAUCUGGUGACGGUCAAUGGAGAUGACCUUGCAGUAAAACAGGAGAGAGUUAAGUCCACUAUUGCGGAAGUGGAACUGGAUCCCAGUGCUCAGAAGAUCAUACUGCGGAUGGAAACGAGACCUAUGGUGUCUAGGGAUGUUGAGCCGCCGAGGAUGUGGCAGGAAGGGAAUGGAGAUUUGAGGUACAAGUUGGAUGCUUUAAGAGUUCACCAGGAUGUUUUUCCUCCAUCGGGUUGUCUUACGGUAUAUGAUCCUACCCUCAACGAGGCUGGAUCAUCCGGAACAACUGUGGUUAAAGGGAAAGCAAGGAAGAGACAAGUGAAAAGACUGAGAAUUGGAAAACUCAAAUCGGAGUUGUGUCUGGCUCCUAUCACGGAGAUAAAGAAGAAUGGCAAAGGAGUUUUGGCUCCAAAGAGGAAAACAGCUACUCAGAAUGAUUCUAAAAUCCAAAACGCGAGGCGUAAGAACCAGAAGGGAGUGGGGUGGCCUCAAGACUUGGUGAUUCCGCGCCUCAAGGAGCUGCGUAAAAAGCAUUUCCCGGAGGUUAUGUUCUUAAUGGAGACGAUGAAUUGUAGAAAUGUGAUUGUUGAUUUGCAAGAAUGGUUAGGUUACAAAAGAGUGUACACAGUGGAGCCAAUCGGAAAGAGUGGCGGUUUGGCUCUGUUUUGUAAGCAUGGUGUAGAUAUUGAGAUGUUGGUGGCAACCAAGAAUCUGUUGGAUUUGCAUGUGCAGUUUGGAGUUUUUUCUUUCUUCGUUUCUUGUGUGUAUGGGGCUCCUGAUAAAUCGAAUAGAGUGGCUGUGUGGGAGGUAAUCAGUCGUAUUGGGGUCUCAAGGAAAGCGAGUUGGUGUAUGUUAGGAGAUUUCAAUGAGAUCACGCAUAAUGGAGAGAAAUUAGGUGGUCCCAAAAGAAGUCUUCAGUCCUUCCAGCCGUUUGUUAAUAUGUUGGAGGAUUGUGGGAUGUCUGAGUUGGUGAGUCAUGGAAAUGGUUUCACGUGGGGAGGGUUCAGAGGAAAGUGGUGGAUUCAGAGUAGGCUGGAUAGGUGUUUCGGUAACAAGAGUUGGUUUGAUCUGUUUCCAGUGUCUAAUCAAUCCUUCCUGGACAAAAGAGGUUCAGAUCAUCGACCGGUGUUAGUGUGUUUGCAAUCUUCUCAAGAUUCCUACAGAGGUAAUUUCAGAUUCGACAAGAGGUUUUUGUUCCAACCAUUGGUCAAGGAAUCGAUUGCAAUAGCGUGGAAUUCAAGAUAUGGUGGAUCUUCGCAGUCAGUCUCUGACAGAUUGAGAAUUUGUAGAAAAUCUCUAAGCAGGUGGAAAAAGAAGAAGAACAUGAAUGCUAAAGAUCGCUUGCAUCAGUUAGAAAUAAACCUGGAACAGGAGCAAUCAGCGAUGUUACCAUGCACUCAAAGGCUUUGGUAUCUAAAGAGGGAACUGGUUUUGGCUUACAAAGAAGAUGAGAUUUUCUGGAGACAAAAGAGCAGACAAAAAUGGCUCAGAGAAGGUGACAGAAACUCAAAGUUCUUUCAUGAUUCGGUUAAAUGUGAGAGAAACCACAAGAGAUUGGAGGAACUGCUAGACGAGAAUGGGGUGUUACAGAAAUCUGAAGCGGCUAAAGGAGUAGUGGCAGUCUCGUACUUCGAUAAGCUCUUCAGCUCAGCUAAUCCAAUCAACUUUGCAGAGUGGUUUGCAGAUUUCACGCCUAGAGUUUCUUCUGGAAUGAAUGAUUCUUUGAUAAGCUUGAUUUCAGAGGCGGAGAUCAAAGAAGCGGUGUUCUCGAUUAAACCAUCAAGUGCUCCGGGUGCUGACGGAAUGACGGGUUUGUUCUAUCAACACUACUGGAGUAUAGUUGGUAAACAAGUGACAAAGGAAGUGAAAGAUUUCUUCUUUUCCGGAAUCUUCCCAAAAGAAUGGAACUUCACGCACAUCAGUCUGUUGCCAAAAGUGACGAAUGCUUCCAAGAUGACAGAGCUAAGGCCAAUUAGCUUGUGUUCAGUGCUCUACAAGAUAGUUUCUAAGAUUUUGGUGAAAAGGAUGCAACCGUUUCUAAAUCAGCUGGUCUCUGUUAACCAAUCGGCUUUUGUUUCAAACAGGUUGAUUUCUGAUAAUGUUGUGAUUGCACAUGAACUGGUCCAUGGGUUGAGGACGCAUCCGGUUAUAUCUGCUGAGUUUAUGGCACUGAAAUCAGACAUGUCAAAGGCCUAUGAUAGAGUAGAAUGGAGCUAUGUGAGAGCUCUCCUUCAAGCAUUGGGGUUCCAUCAAGUUUGGGUUGAAUGGGUUAUGUUCUGUAUCACGACAGUCUCUUAUUCAGUGCUCAUCAAUGAUAAACCUCAUGGGAUUAUCACACCACAGAGAGGAUUGAGACAAGGAGAUCCACUCUCGCCCUUUCUCUUUGUUCUCUGCACAGAAGGACUCACACAUCUUCUCAAUAGAGCGGAAAGACUUGGUUUGGUGGAAGGAAUCAGAUUUAGUGAAGAAGGUCCAGCGGUUCAUCAUUUGUUGUUUGCGGAUGACAGUCUUUUCCUGUGUAAAGCGAACGAUCAACAGUGUUUUGCUCUAAAAGGGAUUCUCAAAAUCUAUGGCGAAGUUACGGGGCAGAUGAUCAAUCAUUCAAAAUCCUCAAUUACUUUUGGUUCAAAGAUAGACACAGAUCAAAGGAAAAGGAUCCAGGAGGUGAUGGGGAUUGUGAAUGAAGGUGGUGCUGGAUCGUAUUUGGGAUUACCAGAAUGCUUUAGUGGCUCGAAAAUAGAGCUGCUGGAUUAUUUACGAGAACGAGUGCAGACUAGAGUUUCGGGUUGGUUCUCUAAAAUUCUCUCUCCAGGAGGAAAGGAAACGUUGCUUAAAUCGGUACUGUCUGCAAUGCCUGUUUAUGCAAUGUCUUGUUUCAAGCUUCCUAAGGGUAUUUGUGGGAAACUGAGAAGCGUAAUGGCGGAAUUCUGGUGGUCUUCGGUGGAAAACAAAAAAAAUGUGCAUUGGAUUAGUUGGGAGAAAAUGUGCCUGCCAAAAAACCUGGGAGGGAUGGGUUUUAGAGAUAUUGAAGACUUCAAUCAAGCUCUUUUAGCGAAACAAGCUUGGAGAAUUCUUCAGGAACCAGAGAGCUUAGUGGCGAGGUUGCUUCAGAGCAGAUAUUUCCCAAAAAUAUCUUUUAUGGACUCAAAAGUUGGGACUAGGCCGUCUUUUGCCUGGAGUAGUAUUUUGUGGGGAAGGGAAUUACUGUCUAAAGGCCUGAGAAAGAGAGUUGGGAAUGGUAUUUCGGUAAAAGUAUGGAUUGAUCCAUGGGUUCUGGGUGAUGAAGGGUUGAGAGCUCCUUGGCGUCUAAAUCAGUUCUUCAAUGUGAAUCUGAUUGCUAAGGAUCUUAUUGAUUUUCGGGCUAGAAAAUGGAAUGUUCAGAAGUUGAGAGAAAUCUUUUACCCGGAGGACAUUCGGAGGAUCUUGCAAGAGCAACCGGCAACGAAGAGUGAUGACUACUGGAGUUGGAUUCACAAUCAGAGUGGUGAUUAUUCGGUCAAGUCAGGGUUUUGGUUAGCUUCAAAGGUGAACAAAGCGGAGCUAUUCAGAGAAGCGGCGAUGUUACCUUCGAUAAAUGACCUCAAAAUUCAAGUCUGGGCUCUUAAAACGGAGAAAAAGAUUAAAAUCUUCCUGUGGAAGACUCUCUGUGGAGCGGUGGCAGUUGGAGAUAAGUUACAAGAGAGAGGGUUGAAGGUGCAAAACGUUUGUCAAGCUUGUGGUAGGGAUGGAGAAUCUAUCAACCAUGUUCUCUUCACGUGUACUCUCCCUAGACAAAUGUGGGCCCUAAGCGAUAUGCCAUCUCCGAGGAAUAUCCUCUUGUUUGAUAGUAAGAGUUUCAAUUCGCUGGAGUCGCUGGAGAAGUUAGCGACAGAGGUAGACUUCUGGUUUUUGGCACAGGCAGUCGACAAAGAAUGGGAGUUGCUAGUUGCUUCGGUGAAAGAAACCCCUGUUUUACGGUGGAGACCUCCACCAAAACCGUGGCUAAAGUGUAAUGUGAGUUGUGUGUGGUCGAAAGGAAGGAAGAUGGGAGGUAUGGCGUGGGUUUUACGAGAUGAGAAAGGAUUGGUGCUUUUGCAUAGUAGAAGAUCAUUUGUGAAUCUGGGAAGCCGUUUGGAGUGCAGUUUUAGAGGGACUUUGUGGGCUUUACAUUGUUUGCGUAGCCAUGGAGUCGAGAGAGUAGUGGUGGCGGUAGAAGAAAAGGUGGUGGCUGGUGUUUUGGAAAGGCCGAAGGCUUGGCCUUCUUUCAGGUAUCAAGCGGAUUUGUUAGGUGAGAUUCUUGCUAGUUUUUGGAGUUGGAAAGUGGAGCUAGAACCUCGUUGUGCCAACAGAGGGGCUUUUUUCAUUGCUCAGAGGGUUAUUAGGUGUGAACUCUAUCAAUCUUAUGUAACGAGUAGUCACCCUGGUUGGUUAAAUAACCUUUUUGAAAGUGAGAAAGCUCUUCCCUCUGUUUGA